CAUAGGCAUCUCAUAAUAAAAAGUUACUUAAGAACUAAAGAAGACAUGCUUAUAUUCUUGUAUGUCAUUUUAUUUUCAUUAAUAGCCCAAUCGUUGCUAUACUGAAAUUGUGUAGGAGAUGGCUCAAUUAGUAUGUAGUACACAUCCGGAUCUUUUGAUGUUGGAUAUUAGUUUCAAAUACCUAAACAACAAAAAACCUGAGUGAUGUAAUAGAAUAAAUUGGGUGGAGACCUAACUCUACUUACUGUUGUACUUACCUUUUCUGGUCAACCAGAUAUUGUUUUAAUGAAAAUUCUCCGGAUCGCUGUCAAGAAGAACAUUGUCGUGACCUCGACCACUUUAACACUCCUCCUUGUUCGGCAAUCUGAUUCCAUGUUGUGGUUGAAAAUGUUUAGCUUCGUAACACUUCAAUAGCAGCAGCUCGAUUCGGUUUCCUUCUUGUCCACAUCUAAUCUUCCUUGUUGGCAUGAGCCGCAUGGCUUGCCUUGCCUUGACGCGGAUUCGUUGCAGCUACAAGAGAUAUGUCUUCCUCUCUGCUGAUCUCUAAACCAGGAUUCACGCUGAACCUCUUUGACCAAGUGUCUUUCUCUUCCCUCCCAAACAGUUUCAUUGCUUCUUGAUGCCAUGGCUGGAGGAGCUCCUUUGAAUGUUCUAACUGCAAGUGCAUCUGCUUCAAGUUCUGCCACCACACCAUCUGAGGGGAUUUUACCGAGGACUUGUGGUUCACCGCGUAAGAAGAAACAGAGACCUGCCCUUUCUAACUUCAGUUCCUCACUAAAAGUAACCAAGGAGCUUGUUAAAGAGCCAUUGCCUCAGUUUUAUUUUCAAAAUGGUCGCCCACCAUCAAUCGAGAUGAAAGAGCAAUGUAUGUUUAGUAUCAACCAUUUUUUCUGUGGUCACUUGGAUGGACUUCAGAUACAAGAAUUCAAAUUAGUAACCAGAGAAAUCUGCAAGCUCCCAUCUUUCUUCUCCGCUUUACUUUUCAGGAAGAUCGAUUUCAAUAAUACAGGUUUUGUUCCCAGAGAAGCAUUCGUUAAUUAUUGGGUUAACGUCAACAUGUUGACAAUGGAUACAGCCACACAAGUCUUUAAGAUACUAAAGCAGUACAAUCAGAAUUUUAUUGUUAAGGAUGAUUUCAAACCACUACUUAAAGAACUGUUGUCAUCACAUCCUGGCCUAGCGUUCCUGCAAACUAAACCUGAGUUCCAAGAAAGAUAUGCUGAAACUGUCAUCUACAGAAUAUUUUACUACAUAAAUAGAUCUGGAAGUGGUCGACUUACAUUUAGGGAGCUUAGACGUGGAAACUUAAUUGAUGCAAUGAUUCAUGCUGACCAAGAAGAAGACAUCAACAAAGUGUUGAGGUACUUCUCAUAUGAGCAUUUCUAUGUCAUACACUGCAAGUUCUGUGAGCUGGAUACGGAUCAUGAUCUCCUGAUUGACAAAGAAGAUCUUAUGAGAUAUGGAAACCAUGCUCUAACUUUACGUAUUGUCGACAGAAUAUUCUCCCAGGUUGCUAGGAAGUUCACUAGCAAAGGUGAAGGGAAGAUAGGGUAUGAGGAUUUUGUCUAUUUCAUACUUGCGGAAGAAGAUAAAUCGUCAGUGUCUAGCCUAGAAUACUGGUUUAAGUGCGUAGACUUGGAUGGGAAUGGGAUUCUUACAAGAGAUGAAAUGCUAUUCUUUUAUGAGGAGCAGAUGCGUUGGAAGGAGUGCUUGGAGGAAGAGGCUGUUCUUUUUGAGGAUGUCUUGUGCCAGAUUAUUGAUAUGAUUAGACCAGAGAAAGAAAGCUAUAUUACCCUGCGUGACCUGAAGGGCUCCAAACUCUCUGGAGAAGUCUUCAACAUGCUGUUUAACCUAAACAAAUUUAUGGCAUUUGAAACACAUGAUCUAUUACUUAUUCCUCAGGAGUGUGAGAACCCUGUGCUGACAGAGUGGGAACGUUUUGCACAUAGAGAUUACAUAAGGCUUUCGAUGGAUGAUAGAUGCAUUGAAUGGAAGUGUUGAGGUUUAAGGAUGAGUCACUGGAGACUCCUUUUAUGAGUUAAUAAAGACUCGGUUUGGUCCAAUGCUUGUGUCACGACAACACCAGAUUCGGCUUCUGCAGAUGCGCCGUUGCAUUGCUGCUUUGAUGAGGAAGAGCUCUUGUUGUUCUCUUCUAACUUCUGUUGUUUCUCAAACAUCAUCUGUAGGUAUUGGCCCUGUUUCUCAAUCUGUAACUGCAGCGCCCUUUGAGUCUGCGACAUAUAUAUAUUUAAACAAACAUCAGCCAACAGUCACCAUAGACUAAUACUCUCUCUUUCUGGUUAUAAUAAUCAUUUACCUCGAGCUGCUCA